UUUACAACAACCGCCCCUCUCUGGUUAAAAACCCUGUUUGCGUCUAAAACCCUAAUUUUUUUCCUUGGGGUUUUGCAUUUCCUUCGUCUUUCCCAGGAGCCGUAGAACCAGAUUGUCGGAAAUGAUCACCGCGGUACUUCGGAGAUCUUCUCUCGCUUCGCGGCGGACUCUCACCGCCGCGUUGACCUCUGUCGAUGCGGUUCUCCACCAACACCCCGCCGCCGCAACCUCGGCGGAGCUUGAUCCGGUCGGUAAUGGGCCUACUGGCUCCGGUGGUGUCAAGCCUCUGUUCGGUCUCUCGUCGGCGGUGAACCCUUUUGGUGUUAGCGCGAGGGGCUUGCACGCGAAAUCUGGGCCGUUGGAAUUUAGGGCGUCGACGGUUGUUUCCGCGUCUCAGGGUUUCGCCGCUGCAUAUGAGAGUUCCGACAACCAGUGCGGUGAUGAAGGGCUUGAGAUAUCUAAGCUCGAAAUUUCGCCGGAGAUUAUCAAGGCUCUGAGUGGGAGAGGCAUCACUAAGCUCUUUCCUAUCCAAAAAGCUGUACUAGAGCCGGCGAUGCAAGGGCGGGACAUGAUUGGUCGCGCUAGGACCGGAACAGGAAAGACACUUGCCUUUGGGAUACCCAUCUUGGAUAAGAUCAUCAAAUUCAACGCAAAACAUGGACGUGGGAGGAAUCCUCUUUGUUUGGUUUUGGCUCCGACAAGGGAGCUUGCUCGCCAGGUUGAGAAGGAAUUCCACGAGUCUGCUCCUAGCUUGGAUACAAUAUGUAUAUACGGAGGAACGCCGAUCGGUCGUCAAAUGCAGCAGCUUGGCUAUGGUGUUGAUGUGGUGGUCGGAACCCCAGGCCGUGUUAUUGAUUUGUUGAAGAGAGGAGCCCUGAUUCUCUCCGAGGUCCAGUUUGUGGUUUUGGAUGAAGCCGAUCAGAUGCUUCAAGUGGGUUUUGCAGAGGAUGUCGAGACGAUAUUGGAAAAGUUGCCGGUGAAACGCCAGACAAUGAUGUUCUCUGCAACCAUGCCGAAUUGGAUCAGAGGCCUAACCCAGAAGUACCUUAAAGAUUUUUUGACCAUUGAUCUUGUUGGAGAUUCUGAUCAAAAGCUAGCAGAUGGAAUCACGUUGUUCUCUAUCGUAACAGAGAUGUAUGGAAAAGCAUCCAUAAUUGGCCCUCUCAUAACGGAGCAUGCGAAAGGAGGAAAGUGCAUAGUUUUCACCCAAACGAAACGGGAUGCUGAUCGCCUCGCAUAUGCGAUGGGAAGGAGCUUCAAGUGUGAAGCUUUGCACGGCGAUAUAUCUCAGAGCCAGAGGGAAAGAACACUCGCUGGUUUCAGAGACGGGCAUUUCAAUAUUCUUGUUGCCACCGAUGUUGCUGCCCGUGGACUCGAUAUACCUAGUGUCGAUCUGGUAAUUCAUUACGAGCUUCCUAAUACAACCGAGACGUUUGUUCAUCGUACGGGACGUACUGGUCGUGCUGGAAAGAAAGGAAAUGCUAUUCUCAUAUACACACAAGAACAAGCAAGAACUGUAAAGAUGAUCGAGAGAGAAGUUGGAAGCCGGUUUACCGAGCUUCCAAGAAUCGCUGCUGAACGUGGAAGCUCGGACAUGUUUGACGAAAUGAGUUUCCGGCCAAGCUCCUUUGGAGGCAUGAGAGACCGCCGUGACUCAGGCUUUGGCGGCGGACGCUCCGGCGGGUUUGGUCGUUCGGGUGGUGGAUCCUCUGGGUUCGGCCGCAGUUCUGGGUUCGGUGGCUCGGGAAGAUCAGACCGCUCCUCAGGUUUCGGGGGAGGCUCAAACCGCUCUUCGGGAUUCGGGAACUUUGGUUCGGGCGGUUCAAACCGUUCUUCGGGCUUCGGGAGCUCGGGAGACUUCGGAUCGUCGGGACGUUCCAGCGGAAGGAGGAGCAGUUUCGGAGACAUUGGAGGCUCCGACGACGGCCAAAGCUUCGGAAGAAGAUCCUCCUACUGAUGAAAGAAAGCAACGUCGAAGUGGAACCUCCGUCUCAGUUAGUGUGUUUACAUUUUUUUUUGGGUAUUCUUUUUGGUCCUUUUAAUGUAAGCUUGCUACCUUAUCUUAAAGUGUUUAUGCAUAUGUACUGACAAUGGUAUAAGCAUCCUCCCUGAAUUAUGGAAGCAUUUACCUUUCAUUUCUCAUAAAAACACAA